AUGUCCGCCCCGCGCCCGGGCCACGUCAGCCGCGGCGGGGAGCGGCGGAGGCGGCCGCCAGGCUCCGCCCCGGCCCGGCCCGAGCUGCCGCCGGAGCGGCCUCACCGGAGCUCGUCCAUGGGGGGGGGCCGGAACGCGGCUCCCGGCGCUGCUCCCCGGGCUGCGUGCGGCACCGUGCCCGGCUCCCCCGGUGUGCUGCACCCGGCCCCGCGCCCGGUGACGCCCCGCGUUCCUGCGUUGACUCAGUCGCCCGGGGCAGACGCUCCGUCGGGGGCAGGAACCACGGCCAGGCCGUGUCGGGGGCACCGGGACUACAACUCCCAGCAUGCCCUGCGGCACCCGGUGCCGGUGCGGCGGGAGGCAUCAGCCGUGGCCGAGCGGGUUUCACCGAGCGCAGGCCGCAGCCCGGCCCCGCCGCCGCGGGCCCCGCUGAGGAGGGCCUCCGGUGGCGGCCGGCGGAGCGGCGCUGCCGGCUUCAAGUCACCGAUCCCAUCUCCAAGGCCCUGCCAACCCAAUAGAGACAACAACGAAUCCCUCCAGUAUGAAAUUGAAGAGCUGAAGCAGAAAGACCUUGCUCUGGACCAGGAAAUUGCACAAUUAUUGUCUGAAGGCUACAGCCUGGAGGAACUGGAGAAGCACAUCUCUCUGCUCCACGAGUAUAACGAUAUUAAAGAUGCUGGGCAGAUGCUGCUGGGCAAACUGGCUGUUAUCCGAGGGGUUACUACAAAGCAGCUCUACCCUGAGUAUGAUCUGGAGCUUAGUGACUAGUGUUGAACCUCAAGACUGCCACGUCCUGCAGAAAUGACUGUUACUGAGCUCUUAUGCUUUUGUUGUAUUGGUUUAGAACGGACCUAAGGUGGCCUUGGAAGUAUGUGUGUAGAGUUGCAACAGAGCAUGGGUUAACAGCCUUCUUUCCAAGAAGCUCUGAACAUGAAAGUUGUUGAAUCUGUCAGCUGUUUCCUGCUUGUGGGAAAGGGAUGUAGGGCUUUGGAUAACUUGUCUGCUACCUGAUUAACAGUAUUCCUUUAUGGGAAAGGUGGUAAUUCCAGGUGGUUGAUGUUAAGACUAUUCCCAUGGAGUCUUUGCUUCUCUACUGCAUCCAGCAGCUAUUUGGUUACUGGAUGUAUAGAGGAAGUGAGGGCACACAUGUGCAAUGUAGUGGUUGCUUUGAAAGACAAGAAAAAGCCCUCAGAAGUAGGAAGAAUUCCGAUGUGGUUUGGUUUAUGAUCCAAUCUGGGUAACUCUGGGUGUUCUGUAUUAUUUACUCUGGUAUCUAGAGGUUCUGUACCAUUCCUGUAGCAAAUGGCAAAAUGUGAAGUUGUGUUGAGCUGUCUGAAUAAAGCAGCUAUCACAUUCCUCAGUAA